AUGGAGCCGAUUGUGUACACCAUCGCCGGAGAUGGGGAUACAAUCCUCGUCCUCGAAAACGCCAACCGGCCCAUCGGAGCACAAAAAGACGACCCAGUGUGGGAGAAUGCGCUACCAGAUGUGUUGGUCGAGGAACCGCAACUUGACGACUUCAAGGUGAGAGCUCAUGUAUCAGAGGACGCUAACAGCCAACGAGAAAUCUGGGUGCUGCUUUCAUCAAAGAAGCUCGCACUUGCAUCGCCAAUCUGCAAGCAAAUGGAGCCCAACAACCAGCCAGAGAUUCGACCAUUCAAUUUUACGUACAAGUAUCUCCUCGUCGCCCGACACUGGGAUGAGAAGGCAUGGAAAUGCCUGGAAAUACUUGCUAACAUCUCCGUCAUCGUUGAUCACUUUCAAUGCCACCAGACAGUAAAGCCUUUUGCGGACAAGUGGAUUGCUCGUCUGAAGGAGCCCUAUCCCACCUGUUACGGGCGGAAUCUCGUGCUUAGACUCUACAUAUCUUGGGUGUUUCUGGACAGCCUCGACUUUGCCGCCUUUACGAAGAUAAUCAUACGAGAAAGCAGGGGCCCCGUGCACACGCUGGGUUUGCCGAUACCAAAUAGCAUCAUCACCGGUAUUGAUAACGAGAGACAGCGCCUCAUUGAUAAACUGUUUUACGAUCUCUACGGAUUGAAGAAGAAACUAUCGGAAGAGUCGCGCAUCUGCUCAUCCGUCUAUCCCUCUCACACCACCGUUGGCUGUGCUACGAUUCUGCCCGAUGCUCUCGUGGAAGGCAUGAGAGAUGUUGGCCUCACAUCGCCCCCACAGAAACCAUUCGACGGGUAUAGCAUCGUGGCCCUUGAAAAGGCUCUGCGCGGGUUUCAACAACCCGGCCUGGCGACCUUGAUGUGGUCAUGCGAACUCCAUGGCUCCAAGAUCUUUCUCCCCGCAGAAGUCUGUGCGGUGCUCAGCAAGCAGCAGUUUGAGAACAUGGAGGGUCUGGAGGUGUACAAGUUCCAUCGCUAUUAG